AUGGCAGAUACCAUGCAGGCAGUCGUGUACCACGGCAAGGGGGACAUCAGAAUCGAGAAAGUCAAUGUCCCAAAGCCUGGUCCUAAAGAUGUUCAGCUGAAGCCGGCUUUUGUGGGAAUCUGUGGAACAGAUCUACAUGAAUAUCUUGAGGGUGCUCUGCUGAUUCCAACAACACCCCACCCUGUGACUGGCAAAUGUGCCCCGGUCAUUAUCGGCCAUGAGUACAGUGGUGUUGUUUCCGACGUCGGUAACGAGGUUGAUGACCUAAAACCUGGAGACAGAGUAGUUGUACAGCCCAUCAUCUUUGACGGAACAUGCGGUUCUUGUCAGAGGGGUCUGAUCAAUUGCUGCACCAAUUCCGGCUUCAUCGGGCUGAGUGGCAUUGGAGGGGGGCUGGCCACCUACACAACGGUGCCGCGAUAUUCUGUCUUCAAGAUUCCCGAUAAUAUACCUUUACAGGUUGCUGCCCUUAUCGAACCUUUAGCGGUAUCUUGGAAUGCUGUGCAGCAGAGCGACUUUAAGCCUGGCGACACGGCUCUCAUCCUCGGUGCUGGCCCAAUUGGCCUAGCCAUUCUCCAAGUUCUGAAGAGCAAAGGCGCAAGCCAGAUCAUUGUCACCGAGACUGCAGACAAACGAAGAGAAUUCGCAACCAAGUUCGGCGCCACCACUGUUUUGGACCCCACGAAGACGAAUGUAGGUGAAGAGUGCAAGAAGCUCUGCGGGGGAGAAGGCGUUCAAGUCGUCUUUGACUGCGCAGGCAUGCAGAGCACUCUGGAAACUGCACUCGCGGCGUCCAGACCCCGAGCCGUCAUCGUAAAUGUCGCCAUCUGGUCUACCGAGGUGACCAUCUCGCCCAACUAUUUCAUGCUGAAUGAGAGAACAUUCAAAGGCGCGGCGACCUAUACUGCAUCGGUAUUCCAGGAGGUUAUCGACGCUCUUGCACGCGGUGAUCUCAAACCGGAGCCAAUGAUUACUAGUUUGAUCGAGAUGGAGGACAUUGAGGAAAAGGGCUUGAAAGCACUGAUUAACCACAAGGACACCCAGGUCAAGAUAUUAGUUCGCGUCUAG